AUGACUGCAGUGUUGUCAAAGUGCGGUGUUGCCCUGCAGCUGACGCCCGUGGGGUCGACGGUGUUCGCCGGGCUGCGGGCUCGCGACGCGGACGCCGGCGUCAACGGGCUGGUGGAGUACUUCCUGGCGGAGGGCGCGGCGGGCGCGGCGGCGGCGGCGGCGGCCGCCGAGGACCCGCGCCUCUCCGCCGCCGACGGCUUCGGCGUCUUCGCCAUCCCGCUGCCGCACCAGGGGCAGGUGACGCUGGUCCGCGCCCUCGACUACGAGCGCACGCAGCGCUACCUGCUCACCAUCGUCGCCUCGGCGAGCGGCAACGCCACGCGCAGCGGCGAAGCGCUUAGUGACGAAUCGAGCGACAAUGUGACGCCUAACGCCACGCCCGCCCCCGCUGCCCCGCAGGACCGCGCGCGCAACGCCUCCGAGCGCUUCUCCACCACCACCACCCUCACGGUGGACGUGAAGGACGAGGACGACCUGGAGCCGUCCUUCAUCUACCAGGGCUGCACCGUCCUGCACGGGGCCUGCGUCAACCCCGAGUACCGCGCCACGGUGUCGAGCGGGACGCUGGCGGGCGUGCUGGCGGUGCGGCCCGACCGCAUCCAGGCGGUGGACAUGGACUCGCUGGACGCGCCCGUGCGCUACUCCUUCCUGAGCGGCGCGCCCGCGACCUACGCCGACUACUUCGCCAUCGACGCGGCGACGGGCGCCGUGCGGCAGGUGCGCGCCGUCGACACCGCCGUCGCCAAGAGCUUCGACAUCAUCGUCAAGGCGGAGGAGGACACGGCGACGCGGCGCUUCGCCACGGCCAAGCUGGUGAUCACGGUGAAGCCGGUGGACACGUCGCCGCCCACCAUCACGGCGUCGGCGCUGGAGGGCUUCGUGGACGAGAACGCGCCCAAGGGCACGCGCGUGCUGGACGGCGACGGCGCGCCGCUCACGCUCGCCGUCUCGGACGCCGACCUGCUGACGACGCCGUUCUUCGCCGUGGACGAGGCGGGCGCGCUGGUGGUGGACGAGGAGAAGCUGGACCGCGACCCGCCGUCGCCGGGCAAGUUCCGCUUCCAGGUGGUGGCGCGCGAGCGCGGCGGGCCCGCGGCGUCGGCGCCGCUGUCGCUGGCCGUGGCGCUGCGCGACGUGAACGACAACGCGCCGCAGCUGCCGCACCUGCCGCCCGUGGCGGUGCCCGCGGGCGAGGGCCGCCGCCACGUCGUCAGGGUGGAAGCAACAGAUAAUGACUUAGGAGAAAAUGCAGAGAUUACAUACUCCAUUUUUCACGUCAGUAAUAAUGGGCGACAACGUUUCAAGAUUGAUCCACAAACUGGAGACAUUGAAACUGUUGGCAAGCUGAGUGCAGGAGAGCAAUAUAGUAUUACUGUGCAGGCAACAGAUAAUGGUGGCCUCUUGAGUCAGAGUAUUGUUGAAGUGCAAGUCGUGCCAGGCCCCAAUACUCGCAGCCCUGUGUUUGAACAACCUGUUUAUGAAGUACAAGUUAGUGAAGGGGCUGCAAUCAACUCAACAGUUGCAACUAUAACAGCGAUUGAUCCAGAGAAAGAUCCUGUGACCUAUUCUAUUGUUUCGGGGAAUGAUCUCCGACAAUUUACUAUUGGUGAUAGAACUGGUGUUUUAAGUGUCAUUCGAAAACUGGAUAGAGAGGAUUUGACUCGAUAUCAGCUGUUGGUGAAGGCUGAAGACACUGGAGGACUAUCCAGCACAGCAACUGUUAACAUUCGAGUUACUGACAUCAAUGACAAGAAUCCUGAGUUUGUGAAUGAUCCCUACAGUUUUACUGUCCGUGAAGGUGUGGAAGGAGCAAAGGUUGGAGUGGUCCAUGCAGUGGAUGCUGAUGAAGGAGCAAAUGCUGUAGUAUACUACAGUGUACCUGAUGAUGUUCCUUUUGUAGUAGAUGCUAUGACAGGGGAAAUCCGCACUAAAGUAGCUCUGGAUUAUGAGAAAAAGCAGGAACAUAGAUUUGUUGUAACAGCCAAAGAUGGUGCUCCUGAUCCUCGCCUUGCAACUGCCACAGUCACAGUGGCAGUUCAAGAUGUGGAAGAUGAGUUGCCUAUAUUUCAUAUUUUAAAUUAUCCUGCAAGAGUACCAGAAAACAUGCCAGACUUCUUGGUAACACAAGUUCAAGCAGAUGAUCCAGACACUAACCAGCAAGUUACAUAUGAAAUUCGGCAAGGCCCCACUGAUUUGUUUAGAAUAGAUCCUCGAACAGGUGCUAUUCAUACAAUUCGCGGUCUUGAUUAUGAGCGUGAAAGUCAAUAUGUUAUGAUCAUUGGUACAAGAGAAAAUCCUGGCUCCAAGCCUGGAGAUACAACUCGCGUUGAUCGCAAUGAUAUACCUCCAGUAUUUACUACUGUUCCACGCCCUGUGACUCUGUCAGAUGAUGCUCCCAUUGGCACAACUGUCAGUAAGUUACUUGCAACAGACUCUGAUGGGACCGCCCCAAACAACAAGGUACGAUAUGAGCUUAUUGGUAGAGGUAAAGCAAUCAAAUUCUUCCAAAUUGAUUCAGAUACGGGUGUCAUUACAGUAAGAGAUUCCCUUAGGAAAGAAGCUCUCACUGAGUAUUUGUUGGAAGUGAAGGCUUAUGAUUUGGGAGACCCUCGGCUAUCAUCUCAAGUGCAAGUUCAAGUGUUUGUUCGACACCAAACUACUCCUCCGCCAGGUCAGAAGGGAAUUGCUUUUCCUGAUGAUACUUACACUGCUGAGGUGCCAGAGAAUGCAACAGCUGGAACGCUCAUCAAAGCCCUUACUAUUGUAAACGGUCCAUCAUCACCAAAUGAAGUGCCACUAGGAUGCAAUAUCACUGCUGGAAAUGAUGAUGGUCUUUUUGCUGCCACUAUAAGUCCCAAUGGUCGCAGCUGUGAAGUCAGAUUGCAGCGAGGAGAGUUGGACCAUGAAACAUCUACUUCCUACAAGUUAACAAUUGCACUGCAAACUUUAAUGGGUCUUAUAGAUCCAAUGCAUCGGACAUCUCAGCUCAAGGUUCAGGUUCUGGACAUCAAUGACAACACACCUCGUUUUAUUUUUCCUGAGGACAGUGCAGUAUUGUCUCACGGAAAAUACUAUGGAGCAGUUGCUGCAGAUGCACCCAUUGGAACAUCUGUUAUUCAAGUAAAAGCGGAGGACGCGGACUCGGGCCCGCGCGGCGCCGUGCAGUACGCGCUGGUGGCGGCGGGCGCGGGCGCGGGCGAGGGCGCCGACUUCUUCGCCGUGGACGCGGCGUCGGGCGUGGUGAACCUGCUGGAGGAGCGGCACCGGCUGGUGCUGGCGCUGGCGGGCCGCGCGCCCGACGCGCUCUCGGAGGGCGAGGCGGCGCGCGUGGUGGCAGCCCUGCAGCGCGCCGCGGGGCUGCUGGCCGGCGUGGAGCGCCUGGCGCCGCGCACCGCGCGCGCCGCCAACGGCUCCCUCGAGCUCGACCCCGCCGGCACCGACGUCUGGUUCUACCUCGUCGACCCGCGCAACGACUCCGUGCUGGAGCGCGCCAGCGCACGCGUGCAGCGUUCUAUCUUGUCUCCGGGAGGAGUGUCUAAUAUAACUCAUGAAGUAGCAAUGGAGUUGGCUGCAGCAGCCACAGUGGUUGGACUUCAUGAGCCAUUGCAGGAACCAGUUAGGACACCCACCACUGCAGUAGCUGCUGUAAAUUGGGAUGUUUUUCCAUAUGCUCUUAUUGUCAUUGCAGUUGUAAUCCUGGUACUUGGAGUAGCCGGCAUUGUGUACAUCUGUAUAUCCUGGUCAAGGUAUAAAGCAUAUAAGGAACGAAUGCAACGAAUGUAUGUAGUGCCCCGGUAUGAUCCUGUUUUCGUUGAACCAAAUCUCAAAGAGUAUGAAACUCAAGUUUUGCAGAUGAGUGUACCAUUAGAUGAUAGUGACAGUUACAAUGAUUUGCAACUUGAUUUCUCCAGUAAGAAUCAUGCUUUUAGCCUUGACAGUGUGAGCUACCUCACCAAAGAUCACAACGAAGACAGUAUAGGACAACAAAGUCCAGCCAGUUCAGAGGCUGCAACAACAGCAAGAGCCUCUAGUGUUGUGGGAGCAGGUUUAAGUGAUCCCAUGAAUGCUCCUGAUCCACCUUUACUACCUGGAAGCUUUUCACGUGCAUCUGAUGAAGACUUUGCAGCACUCAGUGCUAGUGCCACUAACGAGAACGUAGCCUUCCGUGAGAAGAAAGACUAUUCUCAUCUAGGUUUUUCAUACCUGGGGGACAAAAAUGCAGUGGAAACUACAACAGAACUCUAACCCCAAAAUCAAUAAUAGAUCUCGUACCCUGAACAAGACAAAAUCUACAAAUAUUAUGUCAUUUGGAAAAGUUCUUGCACUAAUUUAAUGCCAUUUCAGAUGACAUUUUGAUUCUCAGAGAUUACUCCGGUAGAUUAUUGAAGUGCAGGAUCUACAAUGAAAUUGUCAGAUGAUCAACGAGUGUAGAGAACUAUUAAAAAGUCACUAUUGAGUGACAUACUGUAAUUACUUUUCUUCCACCAUUCUUCAAGCAACUCAGACAAUUUGCAUUUUUAAACCAUAUUGUGUCCAGUUACCUGGUACAAGUUGAAAGCAUUGUAAACAAGUCUGACUUUGCCAUACAGUACAGCACAUGUAAUGUGCUUGCAAUGAACAAGUGCCAUCCCAGAUACGUUUGGGGUAUUUUCAGCUGUGCUGACAACUCAACAAGCAUAUUAGAUUUUUGGGUUUCUUUGCACUGAAACCCAAGCUGCAAGGACCUCAGAAAUGCUCUCUGGGACAGUGUAGCAUUUAGCCACCUCCAGAAGUUACCUGAUGAUACCUGGGCAAAAAGAGUAGUGAGUAUGUGGUCUGAUGUAAGGAAUCACUUUCCUUCUGCACAACAAUGAGACUCAUUGCUGGACAUUUGGAGAAGCAUAGAGUGUGAAUGUGUGUUUGGUCAGAGAAACUUAGUGUAAUGUGGUAUUUGUGUUAAUGAGUGUUUGUAUGCAGCAAGCAAAGAAUGAUGUCUCAUUGACUCAAGUGCCCACCAAAUCCUCUCGUUGUCCAGAGAGGUAGAACUCUGUAUUUCAUGUUGUUGAAUUACUCUGUGCCUUUUGUAUAACAGCUAAUUGAUAAAAUAAACCAUUUUUAUUCUGUUUCAC